AUGUUGAUUUUAUCCAUUAUUUUCUUGGUUUUUGCUCUCAAAUUGGAUGCAGGUAAGGAUUUUUAAAAGGAAAACCUGAGGAAAAAGAUCUGAGCUCAUAAUUUAUUUUCCAGGAGUUAUCCCAACUUCCACAUCAACAACACCAACAUUCAACGUGACUUUUGAACUCGAAAAAAUCGCCGAAUCGUGUUUAACAGUGGCAGAAUACAAUGAAUUGGGUAGAAGAAGCUACUCGAUGCAAAUCUUUGCUCAACUUCACACCUAUAAGUUGAUAACAGUUGCGCAAUUUGGCACUCUCAAUUCGGUAAUGCGGAAAAUGUUGGGAUUUUCACAAUAUCGCGGAACUUAUCGAAUGCGACCAAUUCAAGAUAUUAACAAAACGAUGAGUGCCGUUGAGGAAAAACCGUAA